AAUGUCAAAGCGAAAACAAGAAACAAAAUAUAUCGUGCUCUUGCGAGCUCUUUGUUAUGAAAUUGACAGCACACUCCAGAUGCAUGUGACAGGUGAGGAAUGUUAUAUUCUAUCGCACCCACAUAUUUUGCUUUUUCUAACGUUGUGCAUUUUCCCUGCCUUGCACGAGUAUUGCAUGCUUUUCGAAUUCUGUUCACAACCAUAACCUUCAAGCCACAAGAACCACUACAUGCAGCUUCAUGCGGUGGCUAGCUGCUUAUUGGGCUGCACUCUGUAUCAGACGUCGUGUGUUUAUAGCCAAUGGAAUGUAGCUUACGAAUCGCUGUGUGUACUCCUGCGGUCGAUGGUUUAUGGUGAUAUGGCGGAAGUAAACAGUUAGGAAGGAAGGAAUAUUAACAGUCACAAGUUCUAUACAAUAUGUAAUGUUUAUGUGAAGAUUUUGUAUUGUACCGUAAGAAUGGCUUCGGUGCAAAGAGCUUUCGCUCAAAAAUUAUCAAAGCAACAUGCAGCGGAGGUUCGUAAGCAAAUAGCUGUGUCAUCAUACCCGAGGGACUUGGCAAAAAGUGGCAGUAGUAUAUCUGGUUUUCCCUCUUUGAUAUCGCUUUGUGACACUGUUGACCCUUUGGAUUAUGAGGAUUUUAUUCAGCAACAUCAGCUGUUGUUGGAUCGGGAUCCACUGCACCACGUGUUGGAUUUUCCAGUUAAUGAUAUUAAAGUGAUAAUAAUUCCUCGGCGGAUAAGAACGCAAUCACCGAUAGUUCCAGAAGAAGCGUUGGAUGAGUCAUCUGCACAUGUUCGUGACUGUGUUCAGUUGUAUACUGCUGACUGGGUGGUUGUCAAUUACCAGUACCGUCAUUUAUCCAGCAGUAGUUGGACUCGCGACAGGGGAUGUGAAAGGCACAGUCUUGUUCAGGCUAUACCGCGUCAGGUGUUUGAAGUGGACCAUGACCAUCUUGUCUAUGAUGAUUGCAAUGAAGAUGAAGGCUACAAGCCAGAUUGUGGUGUAUCCUCAGUAAGGCAGUCCGUUCAUUCAGCUGACACUCCACGUGGCAGUUGGGCCAGUUUUGAUCUUCGUAAUUCAGUGUGUGAUCCGUUGAUCCCCUCGUUAUUGGAAAGAAUUCCACCUGAAACAAUUGACCAGUUGAAUGAAGUCAGACGUCAACAGGAGAGACAGAGUGCGUUGUUCUCCUUGUAUCUGCCACAGGACGAGGAUGAAAUUAUUGAGAAACGAAUACCAGCUGAUGUGCCCAGUGAACAUGUUGUACAUCGCAUUCUUGUUAAAUGCAUUCAGCUCAAGUUGGAUCUGGAAGUGGAGCCAAUUUUUGCAUCUAUGGCCCUAUAUGAUGCGAAAGAGAAGAAAAAGCUGUCGGAAAACUUCUACUUUGACAUGAAUCCGGAAGGAUUAAAACGUAUGCUGACGUCUCACAUUCCUUACAGUGACAUCAGCACACUGAGUCGGUCUUGUAUUUUUGAUGUCACAUACCCAUCAUCUGAUAUGUUUCUGGUCAUCAAGUUAGAGAAAGUUUUGCAGGGAGAUAUAAGUGAAUGUGCUGAGCCAUACGUGAAAGAUGACAAGAAUCGAGACAAAGUCCGUGCUAAUGCAGUGGCUGCAUGUGAGAGACUUGGAAAGUACCGUAUGCCUUUUGCUUGGACAGCAAUCUAUGUGAUGAAUAUUAUUAAUGGAGUAAGUAGUUUGGAGCGAGAUUCCGGUAGUGAUAAAGAGAGCACAGGAUCUAACAGUUUGGAUCGAAAAUCAAGCAGUAGCAGCUUUGAUCAGUUCAGAAAAAAGGCGAGUGAUAUGGGCUCCUUGACGCGGCGUGGUUCGUUGGAGCGUCGCAGCAACUCGGAGAAGAGACGAAGCUGGUCUCCUGAAGAUUUUGGAUCAAGUUUGGAUACAUUCCGCCCAGUCACUCUCACAGUUUCCAGCUUCUUCAAGCAGGAAAGUGAUCGCUUACGAGAUGAAGACCUCUUUAAAUUCUUACAAGAGCUGAAACGUCCUUGUUCCGUUAUGAAAAAGUUGAAGUGUAUACCUGGGACAUUGAAACUGGACAUUUCUCCGUGCCCUGACGAACUUAAGUAUUGUCUUACUCCUGAGUUGGUUCGUCUUCAGCCAUAUCCAGAUGAAAAAGGACGACCCACUAAAGAAGUGCUAGAGUUUCCGCCAAGAGAAGUUUUUGUUCCACAUUACCUGUAUAGGAAUGUGCUGUAUGUGUAUCCUAAGGAAGUGAAUUUUGCUAGUCGAGCAGGAUCUGCAAGGAACAUCACAGUGAAAGUGCAACUUAUGUGUGGUGAGGAAGAAUCUCAUGCGUUGCCAGUAAUUUUUGGAAAGUCGUCAUGUCCGGAAUACACGACUGAAGCAUAUACAACAGUCAGCUAUCACAAUAAGAGUCCUGACUUCUACGAUGAAAUGAAGAUCAAACUUCCAGCAAACUUAGGCGAUCAGCAUCACCUUCUUUUCACCUUCUACCACGUCAGCUGCCAGCGUAAAGUUGAGCAGACCACAGUAGAAACUCCAGUUGGUUAUACGUGGUUGCCAGUGUUCCACGAUGGACGUCUUCAUACUGGGGAGUUCUGUUUGCCUGUCAUGAUUGAGCGCCCUCCUGCCAACUACUCUUACAUUCUCCCAGAUGUCCUGUUACCUGGAACCAAGUGGGUGGACAACCAUAAAAGCAUAUUCUCUGUGACCUUGGAGGCUGUUUCAUCAGUUCAUACACAAGACAAGUUCCUGGAUCGUUUCUUGAGCCUGUGCACUGCUCUGCAAGAGGGAAACAUCCCGACACGUAUUGGAGAAGCAAACAUGGAAUCUGAAUUGAAAUCUAGUAUACUGGAUUUGAAUCAUGCCAAGCCAGAACCAUUGGUGAAGUUCUUACCAUUGAUUUUAAACAAGUUAAUACUGUUGCUGGUUAUACCGCCUUCAGUGCUCGGCCAAGUGAUGAACAUCGGACAGACUGCAUUUGAAGCAAUAGCAAUGCUUGUGAGGAAUGUCACCGCUCUGCAGGAGGGACAUCGCGAUCAGCACGGUCGUCAUAGUUUGCUGACAACGUUUGUUACAUACCAGUGCAUAUUACCUCACCCAGUUCAUGGGCAUCCGCUCAACAUUUCACCACCACAGAGCCCUGGUUUGGUGCCGCAUUCAACGUACAUUGCCCCACCUCGUGGGAAGCAUCUAAGGAGUAGUAGCAACCCAGACAUGCACACAGUUGGUGCUGAGGAUGAGGAAGUAAAUGCUUUGGCUCGUGGCUUGGAUCGUACAUCGAGCAUGAGAACAGGUGUGGAGAAUGGGGGACCGAGUCAAGAGAACUUUUUGUACCAGAUGUCCAAAGUGCAGUUGCCACAUAAGAUUGUCCAUGAAGAACUGUCGCUUCAAUGGGUGGUAUCAAGUGGUUCUGCUAGAGAGCUUGCAAUGGCAAAUUCAUGGUUUUUGUUAGAAUUAAUAGUAAAGAGUAUGGUAGAGCAUCUUGAUGUCACUCAGAGUCUGGAUGCUCCCAGAAAGAUGCGCUUCUUGGAGCAAUUUUCUGAAGAUGUCACAACGCUGGUUACGACGAUUACAUCUGACAUAAUAUCACGCUAUAAUAAGGAUGCUAAGCUGACUCAGAGCUUGAAUUCAAGCCUUGGAUUCUUUCUGUUCGACCUUCUGUCUAUCAUGGAUCGUGGCUACGUAUUUUCACUCGUAAAAACGUACUGUAAACAGAUGUCAGCAAAGAUUUCUUCAUUGCCAGAUGCUGUGAGUCUUAUCGCUCUGAAGCUGGAUUUCUUGCGCAUUGUUUGCAGUCAUGAACAUUUUGUAGCACUGAAUCUUCCAUUUGGCACGCCAUUUAUGCCGAGCUCCGCACCUGCGUCACCCAGUCCGUCUGUUGCCUCAUCAACCAGUCAGUCAUCUUUCAUCUCAACACUUGUUGGUGGAGACAGAGCGAACUUUGCUGACCUGUCAACAGAUUUUAGACAACAGCAUUUCUUAGUUGGACUUGUGUUGAGUGACCUUUCUGCAGUGUUGGAUAUUCAGAACCCAAGUCUACAUAACAAAGUUGUUAAUCUUGUCCGUAACCUGAUGACAUGCCAUGACUGUGACCCGCGUUACGCCGAGCCGGAAUGCAGAGCUCGUGUGGCCGCUUUGUACCUGCCCUUACUGGGCAUCAUCAUGGAUGUACUUCCACAGUUGUAUGGCUACCACAUGGAAACAAGAGGCCAGACACUGCUUUUACCCACCUUGGAUGAUACAGAGCCACAGAACGGAAUCAACCAGUCAGUAGCCAUGGCAAUUGCUGGAACGUCAGCCUUUGGGCAGAAGACGAGCGAUACUGAGACACGUUCGUCUUUCCAUCAGAACCGUAAGUACGUUCUGAGCAGUGAAACAACACGGAAUUUGCUCAUCUGUUUCCUUUGGAUUGUCAAGAACGUGGAUAAGAACAUGUUGAAGCAGUGGUGGACCGAGCUUCCUGCGCAAAGACUGCACCAGCUCCUUGACCUCCUUAACAUCUGUAUCUUAAGUUUUGAAUAUAAGGUAAAGAAGGCAAUUAAACGCUGCACGCAACAGAACUUUCGGAAAACAACUGACAUAAAGUCUCGGUUGGAAGAUGUGAUACUGGGUCAGGGUUCGGCUCGAAGUGAAAUGAUGAUGCGCCGAAAAGAACGAAAUCCACCAUCUCCUGGUUGGCCUGGAGAUCGUUUACGAUGGCGAAAAGAGCAGAUGGCGUAUCGUCCGAGCUCCGAACUUAGCGAGCGUCCACGAGCUGAGAUUGAGACAGAUGCACAUAUCGAAGGCAAUCUUGCAACAGAAGUCAGUUUUAUAAUAUUGGACACAUUGGAAAGGAUUGUACAGGUCGCAUCUCAGCUAGACAACUUGCAGAGUUUACUGGGGGUCGUUCUUAAAGUGUUACUGCAUGCACUAGGGCGAAACCAAAGCACGUGUGUGCUCCAGAACAUGUUUGCCACUCAGCGUUCUCUUGUCUUCAAGUUUCCAAAUCUGUUGUUUGAUGAAGAAACUGAACAGUGCGCAGAUUUGUGCCUGCGUCUUCUCAAGCACUGCAGCUCCAGUAUGAGCAAUGUCCGUUCACAGGCCUCAGCCUCACUGUAUCUUCUCAUGAGACAGAACUUUGAGAUUGGCAAUAAUUUUGCAAGAGUAAAGAUGCAGGUCACAAUGUCAUUGAGUUCAUUAGUUGGCACAAGUUCGACGUUCAGCGAAGAGUCUCUACGGCGAUCACUGAAGACAAUCCUAGUGUACGCGGAGAAAGACGCAGAGCUGCAAGACACCACAUUUCCAGAGCAGGUCAAAGAUCUUGUAUUUAAUUUGCAUAUGAUACUGUCAGACACAGUUAAGAUGAAAGAAUUUCAAGAGGACCCAGAGAUGCUGAUGGAUCUCAUGUAUCGAAUUGCCAAGGGUUAUCAGAAUUCUCCAGAUCUUCGUCUCACGUGGCUCGCAAACAUGGCUCAGAAACAUAUGGAGCGCAAUAAUCACACAGAAGCAGCCAUGUGCCUUGUGCACAGUGCCGCGCUUGUGGCCGAAUAUUUGCAUAUGCUGGAGGAUGAGCCUCACCUGCCCAUUGGAGCAGUAGCGUUUGAGAAAGUAACUCCAAACGCCUUGGAAGAAAGCGCAGUAUCCGAUGAUGUGUUAAGUCCGGAGGAGGAGGGCGUGUGUCUUGGCAAGGAUUUUACAGAGAGUGGUCUUAUAGGACUGCUAGAGCAGGCAGCCCGUUCACUUCACACAGCUGGGAUGUAUGAAGCAAUAAAUGAUGUUUACUCAAUACUAAUACCAAUAACAGAAGCAAAUAAGGAUUAUAAGAAACUUGCAAACAUACAUGGGAAGUUACAGGAAGCAUUCACUAGGGUGGAACAGUUACAAGGCAAGAGAGUUUUUGGCACUUAUUUUCGUGUUGGUUUCUAUGGAUCAAAGUUUGGAGAUUUAAAUGGAGAAGAAUUCAUCUAUAAGGAGCCUACCCUCACUAAACUUCCAGAAAUUUUCAGUCGUUUGGAGAACUUCUAUGCUGAAAGAUUUGAAACAGAAAACAUCAUCGUCAUCAAGGAUUCCAAUGCCGUGGACAUAAGCAGCCUUGACCCAGAGAAAGCGUAUAUUCAGAUCACUUAUGUGGAGCCAUAUUUUGAAGCAUAUGAAGUCAGACACCGUGUCACACACUUUGAUAGAAAUUUUAAUAUGAAGAGGUUUGUGUACGCCACUCCGUUCACGCCUGGAGGCCGAGCACAUGGAGAAUUACAUGAACAAUACAAAAGGAAGACCAUACUUACCACGGCCAAUCAUUUUCCUUAUGUGAAAACCAGAAUACAAGUAAUUGACAGGAAACAGAUUGUCCUGACUCCCAUUGAGGUUGCAAUCGAAGACAUGCAAAAGAAGACGAUGGAACUUUCACAAGCGACGCAGCAGGAGCCACCUGAUCCCAAGAUUCUUCAGAUGGUUCUUCAGGGUUGUAUAGGUACGACUGUGAAUCAAGGACCAAUGGAGAUUGCUGUAGUGUUCCUUUCAGAAUUACUUGAUAGCCAAAAAUCUGCAACCAAACUACAGAACAAGCUGCGGCUAUGUUUCAAGGAUUUCUCAAAAAAAUGUGCAGAUGCAUUGAGAAAAAAUAAAAAUUUGAUUGGUCCAGAUCAGAGGGACUAUCAGCGUGAACUAGAGAGAAAUUACGUUCGUUUCACCGGUCGUUUGAUGCCUCUGAUAACAGUAAACAAUGUGGAGAGGUUGUCACGUAUCAAUCGAUAAGCUGGCGAGGUGAGCCUUUACGUGUUUGAGAAUAACGUGCAUGCAUUACUUACUGUGUUUUAUAAAAGAAGUUGCUGUUUUAUAAAGUAGAGUGAACAUGACAUAUUUAUUGAUAUUUAUAUAGUUUUAUUUGCUUAAUAUUUUUAAUGCUGCUAGUUAACAUUCAUAUGAGUGGAAGUGGGGUUGAAUGCAGAAUAUACUCUGCGUAUGACGUAGCCAAAAUCGUGACCGUGAUCUUAAUACACUUAUGUAUGCAUAAGAAAAAUAUGUAGGCUGAUGAACUAAUCUCCAUAUCUCAACACUUGUAGUACAAGUCUUUGAUUUAUAAGUAUUGGAUCACUUGUUUUAGUAAUUUAAUUCUUGAAUCGGUUUGUGUUAUUACCGUAAAAGAUGUUGUCAGUUCAUAAGCAAAUCUGUUUCAUGUAGAAUUUACACCCUCAGGGUUAUAAAAAUCUGCCAUUUCUGCAGUAUUAUAAAAUAAGAAUGUACAGAUAUGCGUUCUACUUUACAGCACCAUAAAAGAUACAGACGUUCCUUUCAGGAAUAUAAAAAGUGUUGGUAUUACUGCCCUACAAAUAUAUUUUGAAAAUCAUACUAUAAUAGCAUACUAGAGGAACAUAUAGAGAGGCGUAAGUCUGUAAGCACCGCGAACGCAUUAAAGCUCGUAGCAUAUUUCUCCUGUGACGUUACUGUGAAAAAGUCAGUUCAGAAUUAUCAGAUCUUAGCUUUUGAUGAAGUUGGUGAAAAACGUAAACUGUAAGAAGUAUAGAAAAUAUUCCAAAUUGACUGACAAGGCAGUUACUACAAACUUUCAUUUUGUUGUUAUAUAUCAAGUCUCUUCUGCCCCCAUGCCAUGUAUUUGUAUGAUGAUGGAGGUCAAGUAGCGGAGAAACCUUUCCAGAAAUGUUAAUAAAUUUAGUUCAGAGCAGUGUCAAUAAACGUGCAAUUCCUACCCAAGUUAUGGAAUCUCAUAGAUAAUUCCAUUGAAUGGAGUUUCAGGGAACCUCUCGUCUUCUGCGGGCACCAUACAGUUCUGUCUUGGCAGAACGGACACCUCCCCGAGAUUGAUCGGUCACCGAUUUUCCAUUUGUUUGUAGAACAUUAUGUAUUACUGCCCUCUGUGCUUGCUUCUACCUUAGUAAGGGCCAUGUAACAUGGCUCAACUUUUGCAUAAACUUUGUACUUGAAACUGUCUUCACUUGGAUGUCCAAGUGAUCUUUUUCCAGUUUCCGUAUUCAGAACUCUUUUAGGAGUUCGUGCAUUUUCGUCCUUCUAAUGUACCCACAUCGUGUAAGCCCGUUUCUAAAUUUUCCAGUAAUCCGUUGGCUUCCGUUUCAUUGGCUUCAAAUGUGCUACUUUACACGAAGCUGUAAAUGCAAUUAAACGUACCUCACUAAAUGUACAUUAAACUAAAUUAGAUAUUAAUAAAGGAAAUAUUUUAUGCCAUGAUCUUCUUUCCAUAAAAUACAUUUGUAAAGAGACCUGUAAUAACAGAACUGGACUAUUGAAAUGUGCAUAAUUACCGUGAACUUCAUUGCGUUUUCACUCAGAACUGUGAAUAACGCAAUGUGCUUAUUAAACUAGUCAUCAGCAUCGUUAGGUGUCUGUGUGUUUUGUGUAUCUGAAUGACAAAAUAUGUUUUCUGCCUUAUUUUAGCUUUUUCAUAUGAUACGUGAUCAAAAAUUUGUCAAGCUUUGUUGUAUUUAUCACUUUUUAAAUAAACAUCUGAUUGUGAAGUCAGA